GUCAAAGAGUGCCAGUCAGAACAGCAAGAAUGAAAAUGGCGAGAAUAUUGUUGCUUUUUCUCCUGGGUCUCACGGGUGUAUGUUCAGGGCACGGAGUAUUUAUGGAUAGACUUGCUUCCAAGAAGCUAUGUGCCGAUGACGAGUGUGUCUAUACUAUUUCUCUGGCUAGAGCCCAAGAAGAUUACAAUGCCCCAGACUGCAGAUUCAUUAACGUUAAAAAAGGGCAGCAGAUCUACAUUUACUCAAAGCUGGUAAAAGAAAACGAAGCUGGAGAAUUCUGGGCUGGCAGUGUUUAUGGUGAUCACCAGGCCGAGAUGGGAAUCGUGGGUUAUUUCCCCAGCAGCUUGGUCAAGGAGCAACAUGUGUACCAGGAAGCCACCAAGGAAGUCCCCACAACGGAUAUUGACUUCUUCUGUGAAUAAGAAAUUAAACUGCAAGUAAAAGGAAAACACCAAAAAUGAAGAAACACAAAACCACAACAGCCAAAAGUGCACUUAUCUAUUUUCUGGCUUUUUGAAAAGAGCUUGUUACACUAGAGGAGAACUGGAGCUGGGGGCUGGAGGGAGUAGGAAGAUGAUUUUCAACUUUUUUUUCUACUGGCUUGGUCUUUCCACAGCUGGAGCAAGAUGGUAUUUGGCUUACACAAGUGAAUUAAAACCAAAGUUAUUUUUCAGCCUAAAGAAUCUUUCUCUGCUUUGAGGAUAUGCACAGAAGAUGGUUUAUUACAGUUAUUUCUACCUACUGAUUCUUUGCAGAUCUUUGACUCUCCAUAUACUUACAUGGUAGGUCAGAAAUCUUAUCUCUAGGAGUAAUGUUUUUUAGUGAUAUGUACCUAAGUUAAGGGCUGGCUCAUUAAGGAGAAUUCUAGUAGUUUUUAUUACUGUUUAACAUUUGAAAUUUGAAUUUGAAGCUCUUAUGAAUUAAAAUAAACCAGUUUUUUAGACGCAUAAAUGAUGUGACUAUGGCUUUGAAUUUCUCUUUUUAAAAAAUUUCACAAAUUCUUUCAAUUGAAAGAUUUUGCUUCUAAACAAUCAACAUGCCCCCUCAUUAAAUAAGCAUGUAAUGAAUUAAGCUCCUUUCAAUAUGAACCCUCAUUGGAUGUUGUUCAAACUUCAAGUCAUCAAAAGUCUGUGGCUUUUUUGCUCCACUUCUAUCUCAACUUUUACUUUCUUCUUUCUAUGAAAAUUUUCUCUCAGCAGGUGUGAUGUACUGGUAGCAAUAAAUCUGAUGAGAAAGUGCAGGUUUUGAGAUCCCGGUGGGCCCAUGAAUUUUUCUCUAUUUAACUGGAAAUCUGCAUCGAUUGUGUAUUAUUAAUGUCAUUCUUUUGGUGUACUCGUGAGUUUUUGUUUGUUUACAUGAAAUUAAAACACCUGUACUGUGCUAAAAAGU